CACGGACCGCGAUCGAUCUCUCAUCCGCACUCGCCUCGGCCUGCCUGCCUACCCCCUCCUCCUGGCCGGGCCGCCGCCUAUAAAAGAGUGAGGCGGAGGCAGGCGCCGGCCGUUCCUCUCUCUCUCUCUCUCUCUCUCUCUCUCUCCUUGGUCCUCUACUCCUAUCCUCCCGGCAUUUCGUCCACUUGUGGCGGCGUAGCUAGCAUAUUACUGCUGCUGCCUGCAUGGUGAAGAUGGAGGAGCGCACGGGCUCACUCUACGGCCGCCUCAACAGGACCAGCACGCGGGGGUUCCUCGCCUACGUCGCCGCCGGGGCCGCUUGCGCGGCCGUCCUCGCCUGCUUCGUCCUCUCCGCCGCGGACCCGCCGGCGACUGCGGCGCGCAACGAUGUUGCGGCGCGACUCCGCCUGUCCUCGCGCUCACCGCGCGUCUGGCCCGACCUCGCGUUCAACUGGCGGGUAGUGGUCGCCACCGUUGUCGGGUUCCUCGGUUCCGCGUUCGGCACCGUCGGCGGCGUCGGUGGAGGCGGGAUCUUCGUGCCCAUGCUCAACCUCGUCGUCGGUUUCGACACCAAAUCCGCCGCGGCCCUCUCCAAAUGCAUGAUCAUGGGGGCCUCGGCGUCGUCGGUUUGGUACAACCUCCAGGUGUCACACCCGACCAAGGAGGCGCCCGUCAUCGACUACAAGCUCGCGCUGCUCUUCCAGCCCAUGCUUAUGCUCGGCAUAACCAUCGGCGUAGAGCUCAGCGUCAUCUUCCCAUACUGGCUAAUCACUGUCCUCAUUAUAAUCCUCUUCGUAGGCACCUCGUCGAGAUCGUUCUACAAGGGGAUUCUGAUGUGGAGGGAGGAGACCAGGAUUCUGAUGGAGACACGCGAGCGAGAAGAGCAAUCCAAGUCUACCUGCGCUGCAGGUGAUGUGAUAAUUGAUCCGAGUUAUGAGGAGCCCCUCCUGACUCAGCCUCAGCCCAAGAAGAAGUCUGCAUUGGAGACUUUCCUGUUCAAUUUGAGGUGGAAGAAUAUCCUUGUUUUAAUGUCUGUCUGGUCAUCCUUCUUGGUGCUGCAAGUUCUCAAGAAUAAUGCGAAAUCAUGCAGCACUUUCUACUGGGUGGUCAACAUUCUACAGGUUCCAGUUGCGGUGAGUGUAUUCUUGUGGGAGGCCAUGCAGUUAUGUAGGGAGAGUCGUGCACGGCGUAUGAAUGGGAACCUGGAAUGUGUGUGUGAGGCCUCUAUUGAGUGGUCACCAGCACAACUGAUCUUCUGUGCCUUCUGUGGCCUUCUCGGUGGGACUGUUGGUGGCCUUCUUGGAUCUGGUGGUGGGUUCAUCCUCGGCCCACUUCUUCUCGAGCUUGGGUGCAUACCACAGGUCGCAAGUGCAACAGCAACAUUCGUGAUGAUGUUCUCCUCCUCCCUCUCUGUGGUGGAGUUUUACUUCCUGCACAGAUUCCCCCUCCCUUUUGCUGGCUACCUCAUCUUCAUUUCCAUAUUGGCUGGAUUCUGGGGCCAGUGUUUGGUUAGGAAGAUUGUGCAUGUGCUCAAGAGAGCAUCGGUUAUUGUCUUCAUCCUCUCCUCUGUUAUCUUCGCCAGUGCUCUUACAAUGGGUGUCGUUGGAACCCAGAAGAGCAUUUCAAUGAUAAAAAACCACGAAUACAUGGGGUUCCUCGACUUCUGCGAGUAACUCAAUCACACCAUCAGACUCCGGGAGAAUCCAGGCCAAUGCCUAAUUGACCUUAUCUCCCUCAAAAUCUAGAACAAUAAAGUCGCCAAGUGUGCGCACAGGUUAGCUCCUCGCUAACCCGCGCGUAUCUUGUCCGACAGAGUCGCUUUAGUGAAUUCAGCUCGUGUUAGCUCCUCGCUAACCGUCAGAUCAUAUGGCUUUGCUUUGUGGAAGUGGGUGAGAUUUCGUCGUGUCAUGCAUGUGUUAGCUCCUGGCUAACCUGCAAAUGCAUUUGUUGGUGUGCAGGUUUUUGUCACGUCUGCGUCAGCUCCUGGCUGACCAGCAAGUAUUUGUCGUUCAUUCUUGCGCUAGCUCGCCUGCAAAAGUGCAAAUAUUUGUCGCAUGGAACAUUGUAAAUAUCAGUCAAUUUCAAUUCUGUUUGUGGAGA